AGUAAUAACUAAUAAAUAACAAUAAUAAAAAUUAAAAAUAUUAAUCAAUAUCUUACAAUAAAAAUUUGUGAAAUUGAUUAUUGUUUUAAACUGUAGUAUUAAUACCGCUUUACCGCGGGAAAAAUUUUCGACCGUCAUUUAUUCAUUAGUUGAAGCCGAUAUUCAAAACUAAAUAUGUUUAAACCUCACAUGUUGGAAGUAGAAAGCUGGAAAGGCGAUUGGGGUUUGCCGUCUAUCGAUUAUAAAUGCCUCGAAGUUUUGGCUUUUGCUAGGUUUACUAAUGCGCCCAUCAUUAUAUACCAUUCGAACAAUCCGUUCAAGUCUACAACCGGUCAUUUUCCCGUUGUGAGUUAUAAUAAACGAUUAUUAAUGAAUCGAGACAGUCUAAUCGAUUGUCUUGACAAACAGAAUCUCACACCAGAUUUUGGCUUAACCAGUCUUCAAUUAGCUGAGGAACACGCAGCUAUUAGUAUGAUUGAUGCUCAACUUGAACCAGCGUUAUUGUUUGCUUGGUGGAUGGAUGAGAGUAACUGCCUUAAUUUCACUAAGCCAUGGUAUAGAAAUGCUAUAAAAUUUCCAUUUAAUUGGUAUUAUCCAAAUGCAUAUGAAAGGGAAGCCAAGCACAAAAUCUAUACAUUAUACAAUCAUUUAGAUUCUGACAAUGAUAUAAUGACAGAGAUUUAUACAGAGGCUAUUAAGUGUAUGAAUAGUUUGGAAAGUCGUUUGGGCAACAAUUUCUAUUUCUUCGGGUCACAUCCUACAUUAUUAGAUGCUGUUGCUUACAGCUAUUUGGGGCCAUUAUUAAAAGCACCACUUACUGACAACAAAUUACAAGCACAUUUAAAAACUUGUAAACAUUUGUGUAUUUGGAUAGACAGAAUAACGAGAGAAUAUUUCAAAAUAGAUUGGCAAGCGCACAAAUGCAAUGAAAAAAAGAAACUAGAAGAAUCUAAGCAGCAAAUGAAUGUUAUACCUUGGUAUAAGAAAGACGAGACAAAAAACAUUUUAAUUGGAUUAGUUACACUUGUUACAAUGGUUGUAUAUUCAUUUAAAAUUGGUCUCAUUAGUGUAAGCGAUACAAGUGAUGAGGAAGAUGAAGAUUGAUUAAUCAUAAACUUUUUUAAUUAGUCAUUUUUUAAUAUUAUUUUUUAUGUUCCUGUAUUUUAUUAGACAUUAAAUAAAUGGAUCAAAUGACUUAGUUUUUAACACAA